CUUCUUAUCCAAGAUAGGGCAGGAUUGAAUUUGGAAAAAGCUGUUGGCCAUGAGGUUUCAUGAGCUUUUUCUUUGUACAUGGCUCAUUCUGAUAUGGGCUAUACUUCGUACCGACGGAGCUUGCAACAGUGUUCUUGGAAUGCAAAACAGGCGUAUCUCCAAUGCUGCUGUCACAGCGUCGACCUUCUGGCCAGGCCUGGCGCCGAGUAAGGGCCGACUGCACCAUGGGGGGUCCUGGUCCGCACGCCACAACAACCGUAAUCAGUGGAUCCAGGUUGAUUUUGGGCGUUCGACCAAAGUUACCGGGAUCAUGACGCAAGGACGGUCUGAUGCGCACCAAUGGGUGACACAGUACACGGUGUCAUUCAGUCAGGACGGGAUCGUCUGGUCGCAGUACAAGGAGAGGAACAGCCUCAAGUACUUCCCAGGGAAUAAUAACCGCCACACGAUCCGGGAAAAUCGUCCGAAGUUCCCCAUCCGUUGUCGGUACCUGAGACUACACCCUUACCACUGGCGCUCUCACAUCUCUCUCCGCAUGGAGGCUAAGGGCUGUUACAUAAGUACCUGCAAGAGACCUCUUGGGAUGGAAGAUAAACGCAUACGACCAGGCCAACUAUCCGCAAACAACUUCUAUAACCAUCACCUUUCGCCGUGGAACUCGCGUCUGAAUAGCCGAUAUUCCUGGAGCGCUAAGGCAAGCGACCAUAAUCAAUGGCUACAGAUCCAGUUCGACCAGACGAAGGUGACGGGUGUGGCGACUCAAGGUCGUCAAGACGCCCACCAGUGGGUGACACGGUACAAUCUGCUGCACAGCACUGAUGGGACAACCUUCACUACAUACCGCUACCCAAGCAGCGACAAGUACUUCAAGGGCAACACGGACCACUUCAACAUUGUCUAUCACGAUAUCGAGAGGCCCUUCGUCGCGUCGUACGUGAGGUUCCGUCCUCGUGGCUGGCGGAGCUGGAUAUCCAUGAGAGUUGAGGUCUAUGGAUGCGGAUCUGGGCUGUGCAACACAGCUAUAGGAAUGCAGAACAAGCGCAUUAAAGACAACCGACUUACGUCUUCCUCAUGGUACAACAAUAACUUCCGUGCCCGGUAUGGCCGUUUGCACCAAAAGGGCUCACACACUUGCUGGAUCGCCAAGCAGAACAACCGCAACCAGUGGUUUCAGGUGGACUUUGGCAAAGCGAUGAAAGUGCGCCAGAUAGCCACGCAAGGCCGGUACAACGCCCAUCAGUGGGUAACGUCCUACUAUGUCUACUUCAGCCAAGACGGCCACCACUGGGCAAUCUACAGGUCACGGAGCCAGAAUAAGCUGUUCCAAGCCAACAGAGAUCGUUCAUCCGUGGUUUACAACGCCCUGAACCCGCCGAUCUAUGCCCGCUUCCUUCGCAUCAAUCCUUAUGGAUGGAGAAGUUAUAUAUCAAUGAGGGCAGAAUUCUACGGAUGUGCGACAGAUCAAUGCAACUUGCCCUUGGGUUUCCAAGAUGGCCGCAUCACUCGCUCCCACAUGACAGCGUCCUCGUUGUAUAGUCAAUACUACGGGCCCUGGAACGCCAGAAUUCAGGAGACCAAUCACGGGCAGGUUCGCGGUGCGUGGAUAGCGAAGAUUAGAAACCAGAACCAGUGGAUCCAGGUAGACCUGGAGGUCCCAACACGGCUGAAGGGCGUGGCUAUCCAGGGCCGCUACGAUGCUAACCAGUGGGUUAAGUCUUUUACCAUUCAGUAUGGCAACACUCCAAAUAAACUGACUUCAUACAAGGAGCACAGAGUGAUCAGGGUAUUCCAAGCCAACAUUGAGCGUUUUUAUGUGGUCCGUCAUCGGUUCCAUCGCGAGUUCAAGGCCCGCUAUGUUCGACUGUGCCCCAAGUCUUGGCAUGGUUACAUCUCUAUGAGAAUGGAGCUCUACGGAUGUCGCCUAAGUAAAAUGUGCAAUCUACCAAUGGGGGCUCAGGGAGGAACCAUUCCAAACAAUAGGAUCACUGCGUCGUCUCACCUUAAUGCCCAGACGAUGCCUUACCUCGCACGUCUAAACAGAAAGUUUAACGGCAAGGCCGGGGGAUGGCAACCGUGGAGGAGAAACCGUUAUCAGUGGAUUCAGUUCGACUUCGGGCGACCCAGCAAGGUUGUGCGUGUAUCCACGCAAGGGAUGCAAGACAGAAACUACUGGGUGACACAGUACUACAUGACGUAUAGCUUGGACGGGCUGAGAUUCCUGGAAUAUAAGCACAAUUCCAACAGAAAGUACUUCACUGGUAACCGUGACCGCAGCACAGCAGUGUCGCAUGUCCUUUACCCGCCGAUCAGGGCGAGAUAUGUCCGUAUUCACCCCUGGGGUUGGCAUGCGUAUAUUGGUCUGAGAGCGGAGUUCUUCGGAUGCCAUACAGAUGCCUGCAUGAUGCCCCUUGGUCUCGAGUCACACUUCAUUCCCUCGGAAAACAUAAGGACUAACUCCAUGUGGAACCACAACCACGGUCCCGAUCGCGGUAUCCUGAAUCAACGUAAUACUCACGGUCGAACAGGAGCAUGGAUCCCUCGAAGCGGCAACAGGAAGUACUGGAUUCUGUACGACCUUGGACGCAAGGCUACCAUCAAGGGCAUCGCCACGCAGGGACGCUACGAAGCCAAUCAAUGGGUCAAGAGCUAUAGGAUAAAGUAUAGCGCAGAUGGCAAGCGAUGGCAUAUCUACAAAAGCAUGACGUUCCGGGGUAACUACGACCGGAUGUCAAUUGUUUCCUAUCGCCUGUCACCGCCGAUCAAGGCUCGCUACAUCUCGAUACACCCCAUGUCAUGGUACAACAACAUCGCCCUUAGGGUGGAACUCUACGGAUGCUUUCAUGGAAAAGCUCGAUAUUGUGCAUCCCCUGUUGGCAUUCAGAACAAUCGCAAGAUCCGCAUGACAGCGUCUUCGCAUUGGAACAGCCAACUAUCUCCCACCUACGGCCGUCUGCACCUGAAACGAGCAGGAAACCACCUCGGCUCGUGGUCCGCAAGGCACAACAACCACAACCAGUGGCUACAGAUUGACCUUGGCCGCGCCAUGAAGGUCACCGGGAUUGCCACACAAGGCCGUCAGGACUUUGACCAGUGGGUGACGUCAUACUGGGUGAAAUACAGCAUGGAUGGCGUUUACUUCAGCACCGUACGAGAGUGGUGGAACUCUGUGAAGACGUUCGUGGGUAACCACGACCGCAAGGGUGUAAUGUCUCAUGCGUUCCGUUACCCUAUCUUUGCCCGUUACGUUCGCAUUCAUCCGCGAGGCUGGAGGUCGCAUAUCAGUAUGCGCGUGGAGCUGUAUGGAUGCCCCUGGAAUAAGUGUGACGUGUCCUUGGGUCUUGAGGACGGUCGCGUCGCCGACCCCAUGAUGACCGCGUCCUCGGUCGCAUGCUUACCGCAUUACGGACGACUCUUCUCCGAUAAAGGUGCAUGGUGUGCGGCAAGGAAUGACGGCAACCAAUGGCUUCAAGUAGACUUCCUAGCCAAGACGCGCGUGACUCGUAUCGCCACGCAGGGUCGUAGUAACGCCGACCAAUGGGUCAAAACCUACUACGUUCGGUACAGCGAUAAGGGUUAUUCCUUCAAAUAUUACAAGGAAAACGGACGUACAAAGAUCUUCCGUGGAAACUACGAACGCUACAUCCCCAUAACACACAAGUUCCGUCGCCCGCUCGUCGGCCGCUACUUCCGGGUACACCCAGUCACGUGGCGAAGCCAUAUCUCCAUGAGGGUGGAGUUCUACGGAUGUGUGACAGGCAAGCUUUGCAAUGUACCUUUGGGUAUGCAAAGCAAACGAAUUCCCGACAGGAGAAUUCGCCUUUCGUCCGAGUGGAGCGCCAGCUACGGAACCCGCGGCGUGCGUCUUCACUCGUCUACCGCGUGGGUCGCGCGCGUUAACUACCGCUACCAGCAGUGGAUUGAGGUAGACUUCGCGCGUGCCACGCUAGUUACUCGAGUUGCCACGCAAGGGCGGCGCAAUGCUGCGCAGUGGGUUACGAUGUACUAUCUGCGGUUCAGCCAAGACGGAGCAUCGUUUGCUGAUUACAAGAUAAAAACAUCUAGAAAGUACUUUAAGGGAAACCGAGACCAGAACUCCGUGGUGAUGCACCGCUUGUUCCCGCGAAUCCGAUGCCGCGUUAUCAGACUCUACCCGUACACGUGGCGUAGUCACAUGUCCAUGCGCGUCGAGUUCUACGGAUGCGCUGAAGAUCGAUGCUUCAUGCCGCUUGGACUUGAGGACAAGCUUAUACGAGAUGGCCGCAUGACCGCUAAGUCAUACUAUACCGCCAGCCUUGCCCCGUGGUAUGGUCGGCUCAAUCACAUCUACUCUUGGAGCGCCAAACGGAGCAGAGCGGGACAGUGGCUUGAAAUCAACUUGAUGAAUGUGCGAACCAUCAAAGGAAUCGCUACCCAAGGUCGACAUAACGCACAUCAAUGGGUGACCAAAUACCGCGUCAAAUACAGUAUUGACGGUGUCAACUACAAGUGGUAUACCGAGAACAAGCACCUCAAGUACAAGACGUUCUCUGGAAACACAGAUAGGCACACACCCGUAUACAAGCAGUUCUUGAAGCCCUUCCGUGCUGUCUACGUGCGUGUAUACCCGAUAGCCUGGAGAAGCUGGAUAUCUAUGCGCCUCGAGUUGUACGGGUGUGAAGUUGCUCAGUGUAGUACCGCUCUUGGUAUGCAAAAGGGAAGUAUCAAAGCAUCUCGUAUAACGGCCUCCUCAGAACUUAACAACCAUUACCCGGCCCGGCAAGCCCGCCUACACAACCGCCGCCGCGGAAGUAAUCAGGGAGUGUGGUGUGCUCGUCACAACAAUCACAACCAAUGGAUCAAGGUGGACUUUGGCCGCGUUACCAGGGUAACGAGGAUUGACACCCAGGGUCGCCGUGAAGCCAGACAGUGGGUGACCCAGUACCAGCUGCUCUUUAGUGUGGAUGGCGUGCACUGGGCCAUGUACCGACGCCGUAGUGCCGACAAGAUGCUCAAGGCCAACGUUGAUAACUACAGCGUGCGCAGUAACGCGCUCAGCCCUGCCGUCCGUGCGCGGUACAUCAAACUCGUGCCACGGGGAUGGCACAGCCGCAUCUGCAUGAGGCUAGAGUUCUACGGAUGUCGCGCAGAUCCCUGUGAUACGCCACUGGGAGUACAAGACCAUCGCAUCAGAAAGUCUAUGUUCUCGACUACAUCCAUGGCCAAUCAUUAUUACGGACCUUGGAGCUCGAAGUUACAGGACCGUAACCACGGACACUACCGAGGUGGUUGGGUCCCGCGUAUCAACAACAACAAACAAUGGCUUCAAAUUAACCUAGGCGCGCGCUCGCGUGUCAAUCGCAUUGCUAUUCAAGGCCGAUACGACGCCAAUCAAUGGACCGAGACCUUUAAGCUAUCCUACAGCAAGGACGGUUCCAAGUUUGCGUUCUAUAAGGUUGGCAAGUAUGAAAGAAUCUUCCAGGGGAAUAACGACCGCUACCGCGUCAAUGUUCUCCGCCUCAUCCCCCCUGUGGUCGCGCAGUACGUGCGGAUCCACCCUCAGACUUGGUAUGGUCACGUGGCGCUCAGGACGGAGAUCUAUGGGUGCAGAAUUGGAAAAAUGUGUAACCUUCCAAUGGGGAUGGAAAAACGAGGUAUCAGUAACGCGCGCAUCACAGCCUCGUCCCAGUACAACCGCUACUUCGCCGCCAAUCGUGGAAGACUACAAGCAGCGAGACAAGGACGCUAUUUGGGCGGCUGGAGGCCCAGAGUCAACAACCGCUACCAAUGGCUGCAGGUUGACUUCGGCAAGCCAAGCAAGAUCGUGCGCAUCGCUUCGCAAGGCCACAGGGACUAUGAUUACUGGGUCACUCGCUUUUCAGUCUCCAGCAGCGUGGACCUCGUGCAUUUUGUCCAAUACAUGGAGUUUAGUGCCAUCAAGUAUUUCACCGGAAAUCGUGACAGGAACAGCGUUGUACCUAAUGUUUUCAAUCCGUCCAUCCGCGCCCGCUACAUCCGCGUACAUCCUUACGGCUGGCGUAGCCAGAUUGCCAUGCGCGUCGAGUUCUACGGAUGUCACACCAGUUCCUGUUAUCUACCUCUUGGCCUUGAGGAUGGACGCAUUCCCAAAGGAAAUCUGCGCUCUACAACUCCUUUCCGGUCAACGGCCUAUUCCCCCGACCGCGCUCGACUCAAUGCCUUGAACCGCGCAGGUCGCGUGGGAGGCUGGGUACCAAAGCAUCAGAACACCCACCAGUACCUACAGAUAGACAUGGGCAAGAUGGCUACCGUGACGGGAAUAGCAACACAGAGUCGAUACCGUGCCAACGAGUGGGUCAAGACUUAUGUGCUUUCCUACAGCAAGGACGGGAAACGGUUCAAGAUGUAUCAGCCUUAUGGAGGUGUGAAGAUUUUCCAGGGCAACUUUGACUACCACCACACCGUACGAAAUAGGAUCAGACCUCGGAUCAAGGCGCGUUAUAUCCGAGUGCAUCCGCGCACCAGAUAUCGCUAUUUUGGUCUCCGAGUCGAGCUGUACGGAUGUUUGCACGGCAAAGGAAAUUCCUGCGCUAGAGCCGUUGGUAUGCAAAAUGGGCGCAUCAAAGCAAACCAAAUUGUGUCAUCAUCAAACCAAAAUGGCUACGAAGCGAAUCGGGCUCGAUUACACAAUUCGAGAUCAUGGACAGCUCGUCACAGCAACCACAAGCAGUGGUUGAUGGUCAACCUCGGGCGAACCAUGAAGAUCAGCGGGUUGGCGACUCAAGGCCGCAACAAUAACUGGUUUGUCCGGUAUUACUGGAUUAAGUCCAGUCUGGAUGGCGUCUAUUUCAGCACGUAUAGAGAGUGGUGGGAGCCAAAUAAGAAUGUGUAUUCCAAUUGGGAUGGCUAUAGCGUAGAGACUCAGGCCUUUACUCCCGCGCUCUACGGUAAAUACAUUCGGAUCGAACCUCGAAGCUGGCACGGACCCAUCUCUAUGAAGAUUGAGCUCUACGGAUGUAACUGGAAUCGUUGUGAUAUGCCAAUUGGUCUCGAGAGCGGCACAAUAGCAGAUCCGCAGUUCCGCGCAUCAUCGUUCCAAAAUUUCUACUGCAGCGCGUUCAACGCUCGUUUGCACGGUACACGUGCUGGGCGCCGCGGUGGCGCUUGGUGUGCCAGGGCACUAAACAGAAAGCAAUGGAUCCAAGUGGACUUCGGCACGAGUGCGCGCGUGACUCGGGUCGUCACACAAGGUCGGCAGAACUCUAACCAAUGGGUAAAGAGCUAUUACGUUACAUACAGCAGCAACGGCAUCAACUUCAAGAUCUAUAAAGAAAAUGGCAAGAGAAAGAUCUUCGAGGGAAAUUAUGAUCGCUAUAUCCCGGUCACUAACACAUUCAAGACACCGCUGAAUGGACGCUAUUUCCGUGUUCACCCGGUCAGCUGGCACAGCAGAAUAGCAAUGAGACUCGAGUUCUUCGGUUGCAUCACAGGAAAACUGUGCAAUCUUCCCAUGGGACUGCAAAGCCGUCGUAUUCCAAACAAACGCAUCUCCGCUGCGUCUGAGGUAAACGCCAAUAAUGGUGCCGCGGCAUCUCGCCUCCAUGUGGGAAGUGCUUGGAUCCCUAAGUUUAACAACCACUACCAGUGGCUGAUGGUAGACUUCGGACGCUUGUCACGUGUAGUGAAGAUCGCGACUCAGGGUAACCGUGCCAGGAACCACUGGGUUUGGCAGUACUAUUUGAUGUUCAGCAGUGACGGUGCAAGCUUUAUGGAAUACCGCCAGAACAGCGCAAGAAAAUAUUUCAAUGGAAACAAAGACGCUAAUUCAGUUGUAAUGCAUCGCCUGUUCCCGAGAAUCCGCGGGCGCUUUGUCCGCCUCCAUCCGUACAGAUGGCAUGGUAGCAUUACCAUGCGCUGGGAGCUCUACGGAUGUGCCGAGGAUCGCUGUUUCAUGCCUAUGGGGGUGGAGGAUCGUCGCGUCCGUAGCGGACGGAUGACCGCUUCCAAAUACUACAACGCCGCACUGGCACCGUGGCACGGCCGCCUUAACAACAGAUAUUCGUGGAGUGGAAAACCCAAGAACCGAAAUGACCGAAGCCAAUGGCUGCAGAUCAACUUUGUCGACAUUAGAACGUUUAGUGGUAUCGCAACUCAAGGUCGCCAAGAUGCCAAUCAAUGGGUGAAGACCUAUAGGAUCAAAUAUAGCACGGAUGGCAUGAGCUACCGCUGGUAUAGGGUCAAUAAACGUAUCAAGACUUUUGACGGCAACAAUGAUCGACACACCAUCGUCCUGCACAAAUUCCAGCGCAAAUUCCGGGCUGUCUACGUCCGCGUCUACCCAGUCACGUGGUACAGUUGGAUGUCGAUGCGAGUCGAACUCUAUGGGUGUCAAGAGCGAGCAUGCAUAAGUCCACUGGGUAUGCAGAGAAAGACAAUCCAAAACAAAAAAAUCACUGCUUCUUCUGAGUUCGACAAGUACCACGCUGCACAUAGAGCACGGCUACACGGCAAGCGCCAAGGAAGUUACCGAGGUGCGUGGUGCGUCAAACAUCGUAAUCACUACCAGUGGCUCCGUGUCGACUUCGGUCGUCUGACCAAGGUUACUAGGAUAGACACUCAAGGGCGACAGGACUACGGACAAUGGGUCACGCAAUACAACGUGUACUCUAGCAGCGACGCGGUUCAUUGGUCGAUAUACAGGUCACGCAGCGCCGAUAAGAUGUUCAGAGGAAAUAACGACCAACACUCUAUUAAAACCAACGCGCUCAGUCCACCGGUCAUUGCACGUUACCUGAAGAUCGUUCCACGCGGCUGGCAUGGCAGCAUCUGUAUGCGAGUAGAGUUCUACGGUUGCCGAGCUGAUCGCUGCGCCGCCCCACUUGGAGUUCAAGACUACCGCAUCAGAAAGUCUAUGUUUACCGCCUCCUCCCUUUACAAUCGUUAUUACGGUCCGUGGAGCGUCAAGCUACAGGAUCGCAACCACGGAGAAUACCGUGGAGGAUGGCUUUCCAAGGCCAACAACAAGAAGCAAUGGUUGCAAAUAGAUAUCGGCGCUGUUAGUCGAGUGUCCAUGAUCGCUAUUCAAGGCCGUUAUGACGCAAAUAACUGGGUCAAAUCAUUCACUGUCUCGUACGCCACUGACAGCAAGAAAGGUAUCAAGUUUAUUCCUGUCAGAGCCGGACGCCGCACCAGAUUGUUCCAGGGUAAUAUGGAAAGGUACCGCGUCAACGUGCACCGAUUCCUGCCCUCCAUCAAGGCUCGUUACGUGCGCAUUCACCCAUGGACUUGGCAAGGUCACAUUGCGAUGAGGGUUGAGCUCUAUGGAUGUAGACUAGCGCACAUGUGUAACCGUCCAAUGGGAAUGAAAUCCAGACGGAUCAAGUCCUCACAAAUCACCGCUUCCUCAAGCUAUAACGCGAACCACAAACCCAGUCUUGCACGCCUGCACCUCGCCAGAAAUGGUCGCUUUACAGGAGGCUGGGCCGCAGCUGUCAACAACUACCACCAGUGGCUGCAAGUUGACUUUAAAAAACCGUCCCGUAUAGUGAGGGUGUCGACGCAAGGCCGUCAGGACAUCGAUCAGUGGGUUACCCAGUACUAUGUGCAAUCCAGCGUGGACUUGGUGCACUUUGUGGACUAUAUGGAAAAAAGCGCUAAAAAGUAUUUCACCGGUAAUCGUGAUAGGAAUACCAUCAAGAGCAAUGUGUUUAAUCCAUCUAUUCGCGCUCGCUUCGUGCGUAUAGUACCUUGGAGAUGGCGAAGUCACAUCGCCAUGCGGGUCGAGUUCUACGGUUGCCACAUAAGUGCGUGUUUGCUACCUCUUGGUUUGCAAGACCGACGGAUUCCGUUGGGUAACCUGCAAGCUACAACUCCUUUCCGGUCAACGGCCUAUUCCCCUGACCGCGCUCGACUCAAUACCUUGAACCGCGCAGGUCGCGUGGGAGGCUGGGUACCAAAGCAUCAGAACACCCACCAGUACCUACAGAUAGACAUGGGCAAGAUGGCGACCGUGACGGGAAUAGCAACACAGAGUCGAUACAAUGCCAACGAGUGGGUCAAGACUUAUGUGCUUUCUUACAGCAAGGACGGGACGAAGUUUAGAUACUUCCACUCCUACAAUGGGCUUAAGUUGUUCCGAGGAAACUUCGAUUACUUCCACACCGUCACAAAUAGGAUCACACCAAACAUCAAGGCGCGCUAUAUCCGAAUACAUCCGCGCACGUGGUAUCGCUAUAUCGGGCUUCGAGUCGAGCUCUACGGAUGCAGACAAGGAGAGAACUACUGCGCCAAACCCCUCGGCUUCCAGCGCGGCAAGAGGACCAAUCUCCGACUUUCCGCGUCCUCAUAUAACGGCAAAAGUUUUGCACCACCGCAGGCGCGUCUGCUGAACAUACGAACAGGGCGCAGUUACGGCGUCUGGAUGCCAAAGGUUCAUAACCACAAUCAGUGGCUUCAGAUUGACGUAGGUCGAACCAUGAAGAUAUCUGGUAUCGCGACCCAAGGGCGUGAGGACGCGUCUUGUUGGGUGAAGUAUUACUGGCUUGAGAGCAGUCUAGAUGGCGUGUUCUACAGCAGGCAGAAGGAGUGGUACAACAGUGACAAGAUUAUCUAUGCUAACUGGGAUCGUAAGAGCGUGCACACACAUGCGUUUGUGCCCCCUCUAUAUGCACGCUACAUCCGUAUCAAGCCGAGGGCGUGGUAUUCGCGAAUCGCUAUGCGCGUGGAGCUCUACGGAUGCAAGUGGGAUCGCUGUGACAUGCCCCUGGGACUCCAGAGUUUCAAGGUACCAAAACACCGCUUCCGGGCGUCUAGUUACUAUGGUUCUGCGUGUGGUCCUUGGAAAGCUCGUCUUUUCCGUGACAGUGCAUGGUGCGCAAGAAAGAAUGACCGUAAACAAUGGAUACAGUUGGACUUUGGAACCACAGUCCUCGUCAAGCGAGUCGCAACACAAGGACGGCAGAACUCGAAUCAGUGGGUCACGACUUACUACGUAUCGUACAGCAAGAAUGGACAAACCUUUAUUCGGUACAGAGAGGGUCGUGCCACUAAGAUCUUCCAAGGCAAUUAUGACCGCUAUAUUACUGUCACGCACACUUUCAAAAGACCGCUGACCGGCCGAUAUUUCCGUGUUCACCCUGUCACGUGGUACAGCCAUAUCUCCAUGAGACUCGAGUUCUACGGUUGCAUCACGGGUAAACUGUGUAACCGGCCUCUUGGCAUGAAGAGUGGGCGUAUUAGAUCCACCAUGCUGAUGGCAUCAUCCAGCUGGGACCGCAACCACGGACCGGCACGGGCCCGACUCAACCUCGCCAGGCAGGGAGGCCGCGUGGGGGCCUGGGUUCCACGUCAGUACGAUCGUUAUCAGUGGCUCCAGAUUGAUAUCGGUGGUCCUGCUAAGAUAAUCAAGAUUUCGACACAAGGGCGUCAGGAUAGUGAUCAGUGGAUCACAAUGUAUUACUUGACUUCUUCUGUUGAUGGCGCCAACUUCGCCGAGUACGAGGGAGAACAUAGCACAAGAAAGUAUUUCAAAGGCAACAGGGACCGAAACAGCAUCGUACAACACCGAUUCUUCCCGCGUAUUUUCGCUCGUUUCGUCCGCUUCCAUCCGUGGAGUUGGCGGUCUGCUCCUGCCGUGCGGCUAGAGUUGUACGGAUGCCUAACAGAUCGUUGUACCAUGCCUAUGGGUCUAAUGACCGACAGAAGAUUAACUAACGGACAAAUAACAGCAAAGUCGUCCUACAACCAUGGGCUAGCACCGUGGAAGGGCCGUUUGAACUACCAACCUUCCUGGAGCGCAAGAACGAACAACCAAAACCAAUGGUUUCAGGUUAAUUUCGUGGAGCUUGCGCGCAUUAGCGGUGUGUGCACUCAGGGACGAUAUAACGCAAACCAGUGGGUUAAACAGUAUAAAAUCAAAUAUGGCCUAGAUGGGUAUCGCUUUACAACCGUUAAGAGUGGCAAACGCGACAAGGUUUUCUCCGGUAACAGCGACAGGAACACAAUAAUCUGCCAUAAGAUGCCGAAACGCUUCAAUGCGGUCUACGUCCGUAUUAACCCACAAAGUUGGUAUGGCUGGAUUUCUUUGAGAGCUGAGUUCUACGGAUGCGCAGAACGUGCUUGUAAUAACGCAUUGGGAAUGGAGAAUGGUCGUUUGAAGAAUGGAAGAAUAACGGCCUCUUCAAUGAUGAACAAGAAUUACCCGGCAUUUAAGGGACGACUGAACAAAGCCAAGAGCUGGUGUGCUCGUCACCACAACUACAACCAGUGGUUCCAGGUUGAUUUUGGCAGACCGACCAAGAUCACCGAGAUUGCAAUUCAGGCCAAGAAUGGACAGAACUGGUGGGUGCGGUCAUACUACGUCAAGUACAGCAGCGACGAGAUUCACUGGACCAUGGAUAAGAAGAAGAACAGUUGGAAGUUGUAUAAUGGCAACCGCGACCAAUAUUCUACCGUGACCGAAUCAAUCAACCCGCCAAUUCUGGCGCGCUACGUAAGGAUUAACCCGCGUUCAUGGUACGCCCGCAUGUGUCUGAGAGCAGAGUUCUACGGUUGUGCUACAGACAAGUGUGACAUGCCACUCGGCGUCCAGGACGGCCGCGUCACGCGUUCCAUGAUGCGAGCAUCCAGCUCCCUGGGUAGCUCCCACGUCUACCGUCCCUGGCGUGCCAGACUUCACGAGACCAGAGGCACCUGGACACCACGCUACCAAAACAGGCACCAGUGGCUCAUGCUCGACAUGGGCGUGAAGACACGCGUGAAGAGGAUCGCCACACAGGGCGCCUAUCACACCAACUGGUGGACCACCAGUUACACGGUGUCGUACGGUAUGGAUGGGUUCAAGUUCAAGUUCUAUAUGGAAGGACGCAAAGUUAGGCGUUUCAGAGCAAACACAGAGCGUUAUUACCCAGUCGUUAACCGCUUCUUCAAGCCAUUUAUCGCUCGUUACGUGCGUGUUAAUCCAAAGACCUGGCACAGUCGCAUCGCGCUCAGGGUGGAGCUCUUCGGAUGUCGGUUGGGUCACAUUUGUAACCGUCCUUUGGGCAUGCGCAACAAGCGUAUCCAUAACAACCAGAUCACUGCGUCAUCACAGUAUGACAAGAAUCAUGCGCCUUACCUUGCGCGCCUGUUUGCUAAGAGACGUGGACGAUUCAUGGGUGCCUGGUCCGCCAAGGUCAACAACCGCCAUCAGUGGCUACAGGUUGACUUCAAGCGCCCUACCAAGAUCAUCCGCAUCGCCACGCAAGGCCGACACGAUCUUGACCAGUGGGUGACGAGGUACCGCGUACAACACAGUAUGGACGCCGUGCACUUUGUCUUCUACAAGGAACGUAACAGUUUCAAGUACUUUACUGGCAAUAGUGACCGACACUCGAUUGUGUCACACUACCUCCAUCCCAACAUUCGCGGCAGAUAUGUACGUGUUGUCCCUUACACUUGGCGAAGCCACAUCUCUAUGCGCGUCGAGUUCUACGGAUGCCACGUCUCCGCUUGUGCGAUGCCCCUUGGUAUGGAAGACUAUCGCAUCCCGUCUGGUGCCCUCCGUACCAAUGGCGGUGACAACACCUACAACUACAACGGCGAUCGCGCGCGUCUUAACGACUACACUCGCAGCGGCAAGUACGGCGGCUGGUGGACUCCACACCGCAACACCCGGCAAUGGCUGCAGGUCGACCUCCAGAAGCCAUCACAAAUCCACGGCAUCGCCACCCAAGGCAGACAGGCGUCUAACUACUGGGUCAAAUCGUACUUCCUCUCCUAUAGCGGCAAUGGCGCACGCUUCAAGACCUAUACUCUGUUCGGAAAGAAUAGGGUCUUCCAAGGAAAUUACGACCGUUACAACACGGUGGUUCGUCGUAUAUCCCCCCAUAUCAACUGUCGCUAUCUACGUAUUCACCCGCGCACCUGGCAGACGUAUAUCGGAAUGCGCGUUGAGCUCUAUGGUUGCCGGAGAGGAGAGCGGCUCUGUGACAACGCUGUCGGAAUGCAAUCCGGUAGAAUAAAAAACCGCCAAAUUACUGCGUCAUCAUUCGCCAGUAGGCAAUUCGCGCCACACCAGGCUCGACUGAGGCGCCACAAGUACCGUAAUGGGCUUAAGUCGGCGUGGAUGCCUAAGCAUCACAACAACCGACAGUACCUUCAGAUCGACCUUGGCCGCACCAUGAGGCUUGAAGGUAUUGCCACACAGGGCCGAGAGGACGCCAACCAGUGGGUCAGGCAGUUCUGGCUGUACUACAGCAUGGAUAAAGUUUACUUCAGUGAAGUCAGACAGUGGUUUGAUAACAAGAAGCUCUUUACCGCGAAUUACGACAGAACAGGCAUAGCCACACAUUUCUUCAAGCAGCCCAUAUAUGGUCGUUACGUGCGGAUCAACCCUCGCUCUUGGUACUCGCGUAUUGCCAUGAGGGUCGAGCUCUACGGCUGCGCCUGGAAUCGCUGUGACAUGCCUCUUGGUGUUCAGGAUCAUCGCGUUGCUGAUGAAUCAAUGACCGCCUCAUCCUCUAUAUGUAGCCCCCGUAGCGGCCGUCUCCAUGGCUACCAUCAUGGGCGCUAUCAAGGUGCAUGGUGCGCGCGCAGUAAUAAUAACAAGCAAUGGCUGCAGGUGGAUUUUAGCGCCAUGACGCGCGUAACAAGUGUCGGAACGCAAGGUCGCCAGAACAGCCACGAGUGGGUGAAGAGUUACUCUGUGUCUUACGGCAAGAACACGUACAAGCUCUAUAAAUAUAAAGAGCACGGAAGGGUUAAGGUCUUCAACGGUAAUUACGACCGAUUUGUGGUGGUCAUCAAUAAGUUCCGCCGUCCGCUAAACGGUCGCUACUUCCGGGUACACCCGGUCACGUGGCGACGGCGUAUAUCCAUGAGGGUGGAGUUCUACGGAUGUGUGACAGGUAAAGGCUGUAAGGCUCCUCUUGGCAUGAAGAAUAGCGCCAUCAAGGCCAGCCAAUUGGAGGCCGCUUCCAGCUGGGAUGGCAAUCACGUGCCCAACAACGCCCGCUUGGAGCGCCCCAAGAGAGGGAGGUUCGCAGGAAGCUGGAACCCAAAAUACAACCGCCGUGACCAGUGGUACCAGAUUGACUUCGCUCGCGCCACUCGCAUUGUUAAGAUUGCUAUGCAAGGGCGACAGGAUUACCCACAAUGGCUAACCUACUUCUACCUGAGCUAUAGCUCUGACGGCGCUAAUUUCGCUGAAUUCAAAGUGAACGGAAAUAGAAAGUAUUUCAAAGCCAACAAAGACCAGAACAGUAUCGCGGAGAUACGAUUGUUCCCGCAAAUCCAGGCUCGCGUUCUGCGUAUCUGGCCUUGGGGCUGGUACAGACACAUCGCGAUGAGGGUGGAAGUCUAUGGGUGCAGGGAAAACCGUUGCCUGAUGCCUUUGGGGACCGAAGACGGACGCAUCACUGACGGGCAAUUCUCUGCAUCGACGUAUUACACGGGCUCACUUGGCCCUCGAUACGGCCGCCUGAACAGUUUGUACUCGUGGAGUGCGCGUCUUAACAAUCGCAACCAAUGGCUUCAAGUCACCUUCAGUUCUAUCGCCACCCUUAGAGGUGUGUCCACCCAGGGAAGACGGAAUGCCAAUCAGUGGGUCAAGUCGUAUAAGAUCAGCUACUCGGAUAAUGGAGUUACAUUCAAGUGGCUACGCACGCAAGGAAAAUCUGGCCCUGUGAAGGUGUUCAGUGGCAACUCAGACCGUCAUACCGUGGUCAGAAAUCCCUUCCCCGCCACCAUCCGAGCUGCGAUGGUGCGAAUUCACCCCUAUACCUGGCAAUCCCAUAUCUCACUCAGGGUCGAGUACUACGGAUGCACUGCUUCGUGUAACCACGCGCUUGGCAUGAAGGACGGACGAAUCCGCAACAGUCGUAUCACUGCCUCCUCGCAGUGGGACAACUCCCUCGCCGCCCAUCGUGGCCGCCUGCACGUCCGCAAACAAGGCGCCUUCAAGGGUGCGUGGUGCGUGGACCGGCGACAGAAUAACAACAUGCAGUACUUGCAGAUUGAUCUUGGCCGAGUGAUGAAGGUCAACGAGAUUGCGACACAGGGACGUCAAGACGUGAACUGGUUUGUGAGGUCGUACUAUGUGUACUACAGUCAAGACGGCAGCCACUGGGAGAUCUACAGUUACAGGAGCUCGCCAAAGGCUUUCGCUGCCAACGUCGAUCAGAUAUCCGUCAAGACAAACUCCCUGAGUCCCGCGAUCAUCGCCCGUUAUCUUCGCAUCAACCCUCGUUCUCGCCACGGCUACAGUUGCAUGCGGGUUGAGAUUUACGGAUGCAAAACUGAUGUUUGUGACGCGCCACUUGGACUACAGGACGGCCGCAUCACCCACACAAUGCUGAGCGCCUCGUCCAUGUACAACACGUACUAUGGACCGUGGAGUGCACGACUUCAGACAAGGAAUGCCGGCCGGUACCGCGGUGGUUGGUUGGCACGAUUUAAUAACCGUAACCAAUGGCUCCAGAUCGACCUUGGUUUUAUGUCCAGAGUGAAGAGGAUCGCUACCCAAGGCCGCUAUGAUGCCAACCAAUGGGUCACGACUUACACCUUGUCGUACAGCUCCAACGGCAACAGAUUCGUGCCAUACAAGAUCCAGGGGAGAAAAAGGGUAUUCCGUGCCAACAUUGACCGUUUCAUGGUGGUGACCAACACGCUGUACCGAUCCGUCAAGACGCGAUACCUCCGCAUUGAACCGCGCACAUGGCAGUCCCACAUUGCACUUCGCGUCGAGGUUUAUGGCUGUCGACUCGGACCAUUGUGUAACAAGCCACUACUCAAACACGUUGGGAACUCGCUGAUGACGGCAUCUUCAUCCUUUAACAAAAACCACGCCCCCUUCCUUGCAAGGCUGCACACUAAACGCCGAGGCGCUUUGAUGGGUGCCUGGUCCUCUUACCACAACGACGGCUACCAGUGGCUGCAGGUAGACUUUGGUUUCUAUGCCAAGGUCAUCCGUAUCGCCACCCAGGGCCGCCAGGACAACGACCAGUGGGUCAGGUAUUACUACGUUUACCAUGGCAUGGAUGGAGUACACUUCUCCCCCUGGAAGUACAAUAGCGGAGGAAUGGUGCAUUUCAAAGGAAAUAGCGAUCGCAACACUGUCGUGUCUCACAACUUCGUGCCAGCAAUUCGUGGUCGCUACGUUAGGGUCAAACCAACACACUGGCAUAGACACAUCUCAAUGAGGCUAGAACUUUAUGGGUGUAAAGUCAACCCAGUGUUCAUGCCUCUUGGACUCGAAGACAAACGUGUCCCCGAUGAAGCCUUUACCGCGUCGUCAACAGUCAACAAUAACUACCGCCCGCGUGAGUCUCGCCUAAACUCCCAGGAGUACGGCAGCAGCAACUACGGGUGGAGACCAAGCGCCAUGAACACUCGACAGUGGCUGCAGGUCGAUUUGGGUCAGAUGGCCAAAGUGACGGGUAUCGCAACGCAGGACUUGAAGGGACACAAUUACUGGGUCACCAAGUACACUCUAUCUUGCAGCGCCAAGGGCAGAAAAUUUAGAGUCUUCAAAUCGUAUGGAAGUGUAAAGGUAUUUGAAGGGAACUACGACAACUACCAUAUCGUUGCGCACCGCAUCGCGCCCAUGAUCAGCGCACGCUACGUACGAGUCCACCCCAAGGCGUGGCACCGCGGUAUCGGGAUGCGCGUUGAGCUUUAUGGGCGGCGAUACAAAGAAAACUUCUGUAACAAGGCAGUUGGAAUGCAAAGCGGCGCCAUCAAAAACAAGGCCAUAACCGCCUCCACCUCGAAAUCCAAUGCCAAGCCCUCGCAGGCCAGACUCAACCGAGUUUUCAGCAGAGGAAGACUGGGUAGCUGGAUUGCGUCACGCUCGGAUAAUAACCAAUGGCUGAUGAUCGACCUUGGGAGAAUGAAGAAGUUGAUCGGUAUCAACACCCAGGGGCAGCACGAGAGGAACUAUUACGUGUCACAGUAUUAUUUGUACUUCAGCCAAGAUAAGGUCAACUUCGCUAUCCUUAGGCACUGGAACGGCGUUCCUAAGAUGUUCCAUGGAAACCGUGAUAACCGUGGAAUCAAGACCAACGCGAUCUUCCCAACAAUCAUAACGCGCUACCUCAGGAUUCGUCCCAUGGGGCGGAGAGGGCUGAAUGCUAUGAGAGUCGAACUGUACGGGUGUAACUGGGAUCGUUGCGAUGCCCCUCUCGGUCUCGAAGAUGGCCGCGUUGCCAACCCAGUUAUGACAGCCUCGUCGUAUUACAACUUCUGGGGUGGACCUUGGAACGGCCGCUUGAACCAGAAACGAGAGGGCAGAAAGGGCGGGUCAUGGUAUGCAAAGCGACAAGACCGUCACCCAUGGUUACAGGUCGACUUCGGUGCCAUGACGACCAUCAAGCGUGUGCUGACCCAGGGUAGGCAGAAUGCGGCCCAGUGGGUGAAGACGUACUAUGUGACAUACAGUGGUAACGGGCACACGUUUACUCCUUAUAAAGAAGCAGGGCGUAGAAAGGUUUUCCGUGGCAACUGGGAUCAGUUCAUCGUCAAGACGAACACCUUCCGUCGCCCGAUACGCGCGCGCUACAUCCGGGUACACCCGGUCACGUGGUACUCGUGGGCUUCUAUGAGGGUCGAGUUUUACGGGUGUGUAACAGGCCCUCGCUGUAAUCGUCCUCUUGGUAUGCAAAAUGGGCGUUUACGCAAAACCCAGAUCAGCGCGUCCUCUGAAUAUGACGUCAACCACGGAGCACGUAACGCUCGCCUUAACUUCAAACGAACUGGAGCACGUGUCGGUGCCUGGUGCGCAAAGCAUAACAACCGCUACCAGUGGUUACAAGUGGACUUUGGUCGGCCGACUAGAAUAACCAAGAUUUCCACUCAGGGACGUCAAGACUACCCACAGUGGGUCACUCAAUACUACCUUUCGUACGCACAGGACGGAGUAUUCUUUACAGAGUACAAGAUUAACAGUGCGAGAAAGUACUUUGUAGGUAACCGUGACCAGAACACUAUCAAACAAUACCGCCUCUUUCCACGGAUUAAGGCUCGUUAUAUACGCGUCCACCCAUACGGCUGGCGCAGUCAUAUCUCCAUGAGGGCUGAAUUCUACGGCUGCCCUGAAGAUCGUUGUGCGAUGCCGCUCGGUGUUGAAGACGGCCGUCUCGUUAAGGGCGCCUUCAGUGCCUCCAACUACUACAAUGUCCAUUACUCACCCUGGCGUGGGCGACUUAACGGACCGAUCAGUUGGACUCCUCGAUUCAUGAAUAAAAGGCAAUACCUACAGAUCACCUUCGAUAACUUUGUCCGCAUCAAGGGCUUUGCGACACAAGGGCGAAAUAAUGCCAACCAGUGGGUGAUAUCUUAUGUGGUAUCCUUCAGCAAAGAUGGAAGAUCUUUCAAGCAAUAUAACAAGUUGUUUUCCGGCAACACUGACAGAAGCACAGUCGUAUACAAGGAGCUCCCUAAGCUGCGGACAGCAGUUGCUAUGCGCUUCCUUCCGAGAAGGUGGUACGGCUGGAUUUGUAUGAGAGUCGAGGUCUACGGAUGCCAGACUGCUCUGUGCAAUAGUGCUCUUGGAAUGCAGUCAGGCCGUAUCAAGAACAGCAGGAUAACCGCCUCUACGCAGUAUGCAAACGGUGCCUCGCUUGCCAGACUGAAGCUUGCUUCCCGAGGUAGCAUGAAGGGGGCUUGGAUGCCUCCACGCACCAGACACAAUGAGUGGAUCUCGGUUGAUCUCAGUCGUGUUAAGGAGAUUCGUUCAGUGCUGACCCAGGGCCGUGGAUUUACUGGGCACUGGGUGACACGCUACAAGUUGUCAUCUAGUGUGGACGGGCAUCACUGGGUCUUCUACAGACACAAGAACGCCGACACGUACUUCACUGCCAACGUUGACCAAAACUCGAUCGCUCAGCGCUCCCUCAGCCCGCCAAUCGUGGCGCGGUACUUCCGUAUUUAUCCAUGGGGCUGGCACGGCCGUAUUGCCCUCAGAUUCGAGUUGCUUGGUUGUAGAGUUGACGCUUGUGAAGCACCGCUUGGUAUGUCAGACAAGCGAAUCCUCGAUCAGCAGAUCACAGCAUCGUCUACGUUGAACCACCACUUCGCCCCUCAUCUAGCCCGCCUUGAGAGCAGGAGAUACUCGUGGAUAGCAAAACAACGCGAUCGCAAGCAGUGGCUCCAGAUCGACCUUGGCACAGUGUCACGUGUGAAGCGCGUGGGCAUCCAAGGUCGUUAUGACGCUAACCAAUGGGUGAAGAGCUUUUACAUCACCUACAGCAACAAUGGUGUUCGUUUCUUCCCUUAUAAGGAGAGGAAACGCGGAGGACCUAAGAUAUUCCGUGGCAACUACGAACGCUUCCAUGUAGUGUACAACAGACUCUUCCGCCCGAUCAAGGCCCGUUACGUGCGAAUUCAUCCAUACUCUUGGCAAUCUUACAUUGCCAUGCGCGUGGAACUGUACGGCUGCCGCUUAGGUAAGAUGUGCAAUCAACCAAUGGGAAUGAACUCUGGUAAGAUCCGAAAUAACCGCAUCACAGCCUCCUCGAAAUGGGACAAUAACCACGCCCCAUUCCUGGCCCGCCUCAAGCAUAGCCGCAAGGGUCGCUUCAUGGGUGCAUGGUCCGCCAAGCAUAACAACCACUACCAAUGGCUCCAAGUGGACUUGACCCGCACGGGAAGGGUCAUCCGGGUAUCUACGCAAGGUCGUCAAGAUAACGACCAAUGGGUGACGAGCUAUUAUCUGUUGUACAGUCAGAAUGGCGUUAACUUCCGCCACGUCAUGUACAACAGCAACAUCAAGACCUUUCAAGCCAAUCGCGACAGAAACACUGUAGUCGCCCACGUGAUUAACCCGUCAAUCAUCGCCCGAUUUGUUCGUUUCCACCCACGUGGUUGGCGCUCCCACAUCUCCAUGAGAAUCGAGCUGUUCGGAUGCCUCAUCGAUAAGUGUAAGACUCCGGCCGGUUUUGAAGACCGUCGUGUCCGUUCCGGUCAGCUCCGAGCCUCAUCCUCUUACAACUAUAAUCAUGGCCCUGACCGCGCGCGUAUCAACCAGCGCAAUACAAACGGACGCACAGGUGCCUGGGUAGCGAGGCUAAGGAAUCGCCACCAAUGGCUGCAAUUUGACGCGACUGGGAUGACUCGUUUCACGGGUAUCGCGACACAGGGCAGAUACGAGGCCAACCAAUGGGUGACCAGCUACACGCUCAAGUUCGGAAAUGAUGGAAGGCGUUUUGUGGACUACAGACAGUACGGACAAGUGAGGGUGUUCCGCGCUAAUUACGACAGGAAUACUGUUGUUGCGUACAAUUUGGCCCCCGCCAUAAAAGCGCGUUAUCUGCGCAUCCACCCACGCACGUGGUACAGUUACAUCUCUCUGAGGAUGGAAGUCUACAUGUGCCCCACAACUCGCUUGUGUAACACUCCUUCCGUCAGACAGCUAAAGAACUACAUGAUCACUGCGUCCUCACGGCGUAACAACCAGUACAUGCCUUACUCAGCCAAGUUACACAACAAACGACGCGGCGAGCUCUUUGGCGUCUGGUGGUCAAGGCACAACAACCAUAACCAGUGGCUGCAGUUUAAUUUCGGUCGACCCAUGAAAAUUGUUGGAAUCGCCACCCAGGGAAAUCGGGUUCAGCAGAUGUGGGUAACUGCGUACUGGAUUCGGUCGAGUCAAGACGGAGUCAAGUUUACUCUUUACAGGAAUUGGAGACGCACUGUCGUGACCUUCCAAGCGAACCGAGACCAAAACAGUGUGGCUACGAACCACUUUGCCCCCGCCAUCCUGGCCCGUUACCUCCGCGUGCAGCCUCGAGGCUGGUAUCGAUAUAUCGCCAUGCGCGUCGAGAUUUACGGAUGCACUAAAAACAAAUGUAAGAUGCCUCUUGGACUUGAGGACCGCCGCGUGCCAAACCCACGCAUGCGCGCUUCAUCCUUUCACAGCCCUCACUGCGCUCCAUGGAAAGGCCGACUGAAUGGCGGCGCCGCCUGGUGUGCUCGGGUCCGACGACGUGGCGAGUGGCUAUCGAUUGACUUUGGCGCUAUGACGCGCAUAACAGGUAUCGCCACCCAAGGAAGACAGAACGCUGACCAGUGGGUAACGAGUUACAAAGUCUCCUACAGUAAGGCUGGACGAAAGUUUGUUGACUACAGAGAUAAAAGAUCGACCAAGGUCUUCCGCGGUAACUACGAUCGCUACAUCGUGGUGAAGCACGCGUUUGUUCGACCAAUCACUGCCCGCUACUUGCGCGUGCACCCGCUGAAAUGGCGUAGCUGGAUCUCUAUGCGUGUGGAGUUGUACGGAUGCGUUGUGGGUCCUCGUUGCAACAAGGCUUUAGGAAUGAGCACUGGACGCAUUAAUAGCAAGGCGGUCACCGCGUCCUCCAAAUGGGACGCGAACCACGGCCCUUGGCUUGCGCGCCUUAAUCUUGCACGUGCCGGGGCUAGAAUGGGAGGCUGGUCUGCCAAGAUCAAUAAUCGCCUCCAGUGGCUCCUGGUUGACCUCGGAGGACCUAGAAAAGUAACCCGUGUGGCUACACAAGGUCGCUCCGACAACAACCAGUGGGUGACGUCAUAUUACCUUCAGUACAGUCAAGACCGCGUCAUGUUCUCGUACUAUAAACAAGCAACAAGCAAGAGGGUGUUCCAAGCUAAUCGCGAUAGGAACUCCAUAGUCGCGUACCAGCUCUUCCCGGAGAUCCUUGGCCGUUACGUCAAGUUUAUCCCGAUAGGCUGGUACCGACACAUUUCAAUGAGGGUUGAGCUGUACGGAUGCGCAGAAAACAUUUGUAAGAUGCCUCUGGGUCUGGAUGACGGUCGUAUUCUCAAUGGAGCCUUGACUGCUUCGACAUACUACAACAAUGGGCUGGCGCCAUGGAAGGGCAGGCUGUACGCACCAUACUCGUGGAGCGCGCGAGUCAAUAACAACAAGCAAUGGCUGCAGCUCUACUUUGGUGUUGCAACACGAGUCACCGGAAUCGAGACACAAGGACGAGGGAACGCCAACCAGUGGGUCAAAAAAUACAAGCUGGCCUUCAGUUUCAAUGGCUUUGAAUUCGCUGACUAUAAAGAAAGUGGUAGUGUUAAGGUGUUUGCUGCCAACAGUGACCGACACACUGUUGUCCAUCAUGACCUCAUCCGUCCGGUCCGGGCCCUGUAUGUUCGGGUUAAUCCCCGGCAGUGGUACGGUUGGAUCUCCAUGAGGGUCGAAUUUUUCGGAUGUCCUCUUGCUGGUUUGUGUAACUCCGCCCUCGGCAUGGAGACAGGAGCCAUCAAGGCGCAGCAGCUGAGCGCCUCGUCCACGUACAGCAAGGCGUACCGACCCGCCUUCGCAAGACUACACGCAAACAAGUUCUGGUUGUCCAAACAACGUAACAACCGGCAGUGGUUCAAGGUUGAUUUCGGACGGCCAAUGACAGUCCGUCAAAUCGCAACACAGGGACGUGUGAACGCCAACCAGUGGGUCCGAUACCUGUACUUGUACUCCAGUCAAGACAACAUCCACUGGGACUUGUACCGCUCUAUGAGUGCCGACAAGAAUUUCCGCGCCAAUGACGAUCGCUACAGUUCGAAGCUGAUAGCUAUCAACCCGCCAAUCCAGGCGCGCUUCCUACGCGUCAACCCACAAUCAUACCACAGCUGGAUCGCUCUUAGAGUCGAGUUCUAUGGAUGCAAAGCAGAUCCUUGCGAUGUUCCACUCGGUGUAGAAGAUGGUCGUGUAACCAAGCAAGGCAUGACCGCCUCAUCCAUGGUCAACACCUAUUACGGGCCAUGGAGCGGGCGCCUGCAAGCACGUAAUCACGGGCGAACUCGUGGUGGAUGGGUUGCACAAAGAAAUGAUCGCAAGCAAUGGCUGCAAGUCGACCUGGGUACCCUUAGCAGAGUGAAGCGUGUCGCUACUCAGGGUAGAUACGAUGCUAAUCAGUGGGUGACUGCGUAUUAUGUUAGCUACGGUACGAACGGGCAGAGAUUCAGGCAGUACUUGGAGAAUCGCCGACCUAAGGUCUUCACCGGUAACUUUGAGCGAAAUAUGGUGGUGACUCACCGCCUUUUGAGGCCAUUCAAAGCCCGCUACGUGCGAGUUCACCCCAAAGCCUGGCAGAGUCAUAUCGCCAUGAGGGUGGAAUUCUAUGGGUGUAGACUCGGCAAGCUGUGCAACAGACCUCUCGGUCUUCAGAGUGGUCGGUUAAGAAACCGCGCCAUGACUGCCUCGUCUUCAUAUAACAUUCACCAUGGACCUCACCUGGCUCGACUACAGCUUCAGCGAAAUGGUCGGUCUGUCGGGGGAUGGGCUGCCCAAUUCAAUAACUAUUACCAGUGGCUGCAAGUCGACUUCGGUCGUGCUACCAAGGUUGUGAGGGUGUCCACGCAAGGUCGUUCCGACAAUAGACAGUGGGUGACCAGAUACUGGUUGUCGUACAGCCAAAACGGGAUCAACUUUGCUUACUACAAGGAAAAUCACAACAAUAAGAUGUUUGAUGGUAACCGCGACAUAAACUCCGUUGUGUCCCAUGGUUUAAGUCCGUCUAUCCGAGCUCGCUACGUUAGGAUCCAUCCUCGAGGAUGGUACAGGCACAUCGCUAUGAGGGCCGAGUUCUACGGUUGUCAAAUUAAUGCUUGCCUUACACCAGUUGGUAUCGAGGACCAUCGCAUCCCAAGCGGUGCAUUCUCCGCCUCGUCAAGCUAUAACUUCAACCAUGGCCCAGACCGCGCUCGACUCAACCAGCCAAACGGCCACGGGCGUACAGGGGCGUGGUCGGCCAGAGACAAAAACAGGAACCAGUGGCUCCAAGUGGACCUUGGGGCAGUGUCGCGCCUGACCGGGGUGGCAACCCAAGGUCGCCAUGACGCUCAUCAAUGGGUCACUUCUUAUACUCUGGCCUUCAGCAAGGAUGGCAAAAGGUUCUACCCAUAUAGACAGGGUGGCCGUGUCAGGGUCUUCCAAGGCAACUUUGACCGCUUCACCGUAGUCGCGUAUCGAUUACUUGGUGCGAUUAAAGCUCGCUAUGUCCGAUUCCGUCCACGAACCUGGAGGAGCUGGAUGUCAAUGAGAGUAGAAGUCUACGGAUGUGUCCCACGACCUGCAUGCUCCUCUCCGUUGGGGGCCCAGAAUGGACGCUUGAGGAACUCCGGACUGACAGCUUCAUCUUUCUUAAACAACGCAUACAAGCCUUUCUUCGCUCGCCUGCAUCGCACAUCCAGCUCAUGGGUGUCCAGACAUAAUAACCACAACCAGUUCCUACAGGUCGACUUCGGUCGCUCUAUGAAGGUCACUGCGCUGUCCACCCAAGGUCAUCCUAAGACCAACUGGUGGGUGAAAGCGUACUGGGUCAAGCACAGUCUGGAUAACAUGCACUACGAGCACUACAGCGAGUGGGGAAGCUACAAGACAUUCCAAGCGAAUCGUGACCGUGGUUCGCUUGUCACCAACGUGUUCUCUCCCGCGUUCAUCGCGCGCUUCGUGCGUGUUUAUCCACGCUCUUGGCAAGGACGUAUUGCCAUGCGGGUCGAGUUUUACGGAUGUGCAGGAGGAAAAUGCAAAUUGCCACUGGGUCUUGCCUCGAAGAAAAUUCCAAACCCGUUAAUGACCGCGUCCAGUUAUCACAGCUUCUACUGUGGACCGUGGAAUGCGCGACUGUUCGGUCGCCGUGCGGGCCGCUCCGGAGGCGCGUGGUGCGCAAAGAGGAACGAUCGUAACCAAUUCCUCCAGAUUGAUUUCGAGGGACUGACCCGAUUUACAUCCGUUGCCACGCAAGGACGACAAAACGCCAAUCAAUGGGUGCGAAGCUACUACGUCACUUACAGCCAACACGGAACCAAGUUUGUACCAGUCAGAGAACAAGGAGUCAAAAAGAUCUUCCGCGGUAACUUCGAGCGGUUCAUAGUUGUGAAGAACACGUUCUCGCGUCCGUUCGUCGCUCGCUACGUCCGCAUCCAUCCGGUCACGUGGUUUGCUCAUAUCUCCAUGAGGGUCGAGCUCUACGGAUGUGCUAUUGGACCUCGGUGCAACAGGCCAGUGGGUAUGCAAAAGGGAUUACGCAACAGCCGCAUUAGCGCCUCCUCCGAAUGGGACAAGUACCACGGAGCUGCGCGCGCACGAUUGAACAUGCAGCGAGCCGGCAGGUACAUGGGCGGCUGGUCGGCGAAGUUCAACAACCACUACCAGUGGCUCCAGGUGCUAUUCCCGCGCUCCAUGAAGAUAACGAAGAUCGCUACACAGGGACGACCUCAGGUCAGCCAAUGGGUGACUCAGUACCAGGUCUCUUUCAGUCAGGACGGCGCCAGGUUCGCGUAUUACAAGACCAACGGCAAUAUUAAGAUGUUCCAGGCUAACAGGGACAGGAAUUCCAUUGUCUCGCAUCGCUUUUUCCCGCUCAUCCGCGCGCGAGUGAUCCGCGUUCACCCACGAGGCUGGCGUAGCCACAUCAGCAUGAGAGCAGAGUUCUAUGGCUGCCCGAACAGUAAAUGCGACAUCGCCCUCGGAGCCGAGGACGGUCGUCUAGCCCCAGGAUCUUUCCGCGCCUCGACUUUCUACAACGAGCAUCUUGCUCCUCGGUUUGGCAGACUGAACUCUAUCCGCUCUUGGAGCUCACGCACCAACAACGCAAGGCAAUGGCUGCAGAUAGAUCUAUUAAGGGUCUCUCGCGUGACAGCGAUCGCAACGCAAGGAAGGCGUGACGCGCACCAAUGGGUCACGAAAUACGUACUGUCGUAUGCUGUAACGCAUAAGUUCAGUGCCUAUCGUGAAGCGAGACGUGUCAAGCUCUUCCGUGCCAACACAGACCGUAACACAGUUGUGUAUCACCGUUUCGCUAAGGCCAUCCGUGCCCAGUAUGUCCGAGUUCAUCCUAAGAAAUGGAGAAGUCAUAUUUCCAUGCGUGUUGAAUUGUUUGGAUGCCAGAGAGAAUUGACCACACUAUGCAGUUCAGCUCUGGGUGUCCAGAACGGCCGCAUCAAGAACAGCAGGAUCACUGCGUCCUCACAAUGGGACAAUAACCACGCCCCAUAUCUUGGCCGUCUGCACCGCGUCCGUAAUGGCCGGCAGAUGGGAGGUUGGGCAGUGCGUCACAACAAUCACAACCAAUGGCUGCAAGUCGACCUUGGUCGGGUUACAAAGGUCACCAUGAUCUCGACACAGGGACGCGCCAAAGCCAACCAGUUCGUCCGCCAGUACUGGGUGUCCUACAGUCUAGAUGGCGUACACUGGGCUUUCGUAACCAGAAAAGACGCCAAAAUGACCUUCAAUGGAAACUACGAUAUGGGUAGCGUCGUCACCAAUACUUUCCGCCCCGCUAUCGUGUCGCGAUUUGUUCGCAUUCAUCCACGGAGUUGGUAUCGUCACAUCGCUAUGCGUAUUGAGCUGCAUGGAUGCCGACCAGCACCCUGCGACAUCGCGCUUGGUGCGGAGGAUGGGCGCCUGCCUGACGUCUCCUUCACCUCCACCUCAAAGUGGAGUGUACAUUACGCGGCGUACAGAGCUCGUCUCAACCUGCUGCAUGGCCACGGCUCGUGGAUCGCAAGACCCAGUAACACCCGUCAAUGGAUCCAAGUGGACCUGGGUAACAAAGCGCGCAUUAUCGGCGUCGCUACCCAAGGUCGCUAUGGUGUCAACCAGUGGGUCAGGAGUUACAUGCUGGAGUUUGGCAUGAACGGGAUACACUUCACGACGUACCGCGAGGGUCGACACGCCAAGAUUUUCCAAGGCAAUUAUGACCGCUACACAGUGGUUCGUAACAGCAUCCGCCCAGUGACGGCGCGCUAUUGCCGACUGCGGCCACGCACCUGGCAUGGGCACAUUUCCAUGAGGAUGGAACUCUACGGAUGCAGUGCAGGACAUCUAUGCAACCGCAAACUAGGCAUGAAGGACGGUCGAAUCCGCAACAGCGCCAUCACAGCAUCCAGCGAGUACAACCGCCACACACCCGCUCACAUGGCGCGACUCACCGCUCGCAAGAUGGGCAAGAAAUACGGCGCGUGGGUGGCAUACAACCGCGCCCACAACGAGUGGUUACAGGUUGACUUUGGCCGUCUGAUGGAGAUCAUUCGCAUCGCUACUCAAGGGCGUCAGGACGCGAACCAGUGGGUCACGCAAUACCGCCUGGAGAGCAGUGUGGACGGCGUUCAUUACGCUAGAUACUUCCGCGACUCUGCAGAAGUGCGCUUUACUGGAAACCGUGAUCGCAACACGAUCAAGUACCAUUCCCUGAUCCCGUCUAUCCGUGGCCGCUUCGUGCGCAUCGUCCCGACUGGAUGGAGUUCGUACAUCGCCAUGAGAGUUGAGUUUUUCGGAUGCACGCUCGAGCGGUGCUCCGCCCCGGUCGGCUUCCAGGACAGGCGUAUCCCCGACUCGUCGUUUACAGCCUCUUCCAUGUGGGACAGCAAUCACGGGCCGUAUCGCGCGCGUCUACAGCUACUGAACCACGGAGGGCGCGGCGCAUGGUCUGCCAGGUACAAUAACGCCUUCCAGUGGCUGAAGAUCAAAAUGAUCGAGACGACUACUGUCACUGCCGUGCUAACCCAGGGUCGAUAUGACGCCAACCAGUGGGUGAAGACCUACGAGGUCGCGUACAGUAUCACCGGGGAGAAGUUCAGAUAUUACUCUGUUGGCGGCAAAGUAAAGCUGCUAACUGGUAACAGUGACCGCAAUACUGUCGUCAUGAAUCGUAUAGCGCCUUCAUUCCGUGCACGCUACGUCAAGAUCGUUCCUAAGAGCUGGCACUCGCACAUGUCCAUGAGGGUCGAGCUUUACGGAUGUUAUCCCUCCAUGACCCGGCUCUGCUUUAAGCCUUUGGGAGUAGGAAGUCGCCGACUGCCUGACGCCAACCUCAGAGCUUCCUCUUCUUGGAACCGUUUCCACGGCCCUGAAAGAGCCCGCUUGCGACAGCCCAAGAAAGGAAGUUACACGGGAGCAUGGUGCGCCCGUCACAACAAUCACAACCAGUGGCUUCAGGUGAACCUCGGCCGCGUGUCUAAGAUCACCAAGGUGGCGACACAGGGCCGAGACAGAUCCAACCAGUGGGUGACACAAUACGAGCUACACUACAGCACUAACGGUAGAACCUUCAAGAAGGUUCGAGACGGAAAGAAGGUCAAGAUAUUCCAAGCCAACAGGAAUACCUACACUAUCGUUGAGAAUGCCAUCGACCCCACGAUCCAGGCGAAAUACUUGCGCUUCAGGCCAAGGGGGUGGCAUUCACACAUCUCGAUGAGAGUCGAGGUCUAUGGAUGUUACUCGAAUGCACCAGAAGCAUCUCCGCCUAAGCUCCGACCGGUGAUCAAGCGCCACCGUAAUUCCGUUCAGGUUGUUGCUCGGUGCCGAUGGAGCAUUAGACGCCGACGAGCGGGAACUCGGGUUAUCGCUCAAGUACGAUUCAUUAUCGACGGACGAGUGAGACGUACCCUGGUUACUCGACGAUCUCAUGCGGAGCUUAUCGAGAGAACUUACGGAUUCCGCGCAGGAACUACGGUGUACUGCCAAGUGAGGGUUCGUUAUCAAGGAAAGAGAGAUUGGACCAACUAUGACCAAAGCGACCAAGUUUUCUUUGGAAUAAAGGUUUCUCCUCGUUCCAUCGUGAUGACACAAGCCACCCCGUGGAAGGCAGUCCGUAUCACUGGUUUUGUGCCCAUACUCUGCAAGGGGCAGUCGAAUGACUGCUCGAUCAUUGCCAAUGUCGCGGACCACGGGUCAUAUGUGACGGAUAAGUGCAAGAUUCGCCUGACUGAGAAGAACAGAAAACGCUAUGUUCUCAAUGUCAAACCUGUCCAGGACUUCAGAAAGGGAGGAAGGAAGCAUGUUAAAGUGAACUUUAAGCCGAUCACGAACAGGCCAGGAGGCAGUAGAUUCUGGCAGGGCUAUAGACUACCGUCUGUCGAGAUGGUUGCAAUCACCGGAGGCUCUAAAUCGUGUCACGCAAAUGGCGAUCCGCAUUACAGAACUUUUGAUGGCUCAUAUUACGACAUCCUGAGGAACCCUGGAACAUACACUCUAGUUAAGAGCACCCGACGACACUUCGAGGUUCAAACUCGUAUCUGGCCGUGCUGGCGUGUGGUAUGUAAUUGUGGUGUUGCUAUUCGCGAGAAUAACGAUGUUGUGGUGAUAGACAUGUGUAAUGGACCAUGGCGCCGCACUUCGCCUCGAUACAUCCAACGAUCCAAGCAGCCACUCGGGGAUCGUAUUAAGACAAAUACCUUCUCUUCCGGGCAAAACACCCGAUACAAGGUGACAAUGAAGUCUGGAGCUGUUGUCAAUGUCCACAGCCAAUACUGGGGCAUGAACGUCUACGUGUCCGUACCGGGGCAAGAUAGAAAUGGUGUCGUUGGUCUUUGUGGAAAUAAUAAUGGCAACAAGGGAGACGACGCUAGAAAUCCACCUUACGCGUACGCCAACAGAUUCAAGAUUCCUAACGGCAAAUCGUUAUUCGAGAGACUCCCUCCCAAAGUGGACACGGGUAGAGCUGCAGGACCAGUGCCUGCUUGCCUGUGCAGCAAGAUCAAGGGCAGACGCGGUAACACAUGCGACGUGAGACCUGCACCAGAACUUGAACAAGGCGGAAAACCAAUCAAGCCUAUCUAUGUUCCACCACACCCUAAAAAGCCAGGUAAAGGAGACAGGAAAGACUAUGACCCCGACUCCAUCAACUACGUGUUCAAACCACCGAAGACCAAGUUCAAGGUACCUUCCUGGCCGACUGACACUGGUAUCACCAGGAAGAAGGCGUACAAUCAUUGCAAGAAGGUCCUUGGUGUGGUUAUAAAGAAGUGCAGGAAGUAUCUGCCCAAAGAAAGAAACCCAAUCAAGGAAUGCAUGCUUGAUAUUAAGGUUACUGGAAAGCUAAGCAUGGUCCGGUCCUCUCUUUCGAGUCUCCAAGAGUCUUGCAAAGAGGCCUUCCUCAAAGACCCCAAGAACACUGACAAGAAUGGUAAACCCAAGCCUGGUAAGGUAGAAGGCCUCUGUCCGAACCAGUGUAGCGGUCGCGGUCGGUGCGUGAAGAACACGUGUAAGUGCCGAGGAGGAUGGGCCGGGUCUGACUGCAGCAUCAACCUCAGGCGAGCACCAAAGCUGGACGGAGUCCAGUCGAAGGGCUUAUGCGAUGUGCGCAGUCGAUCAUGCCAAUUUGAGAGUGUUUAUGGAUUUGGAUUCUAUGGAAAGGGUCUGCGGUGUCACAUACAGAAAGCAGUGCUACGCGGUAGGCGUCGCUGGCACGGCAUUGGCACAGAGGUAAAGAGCCGUGGUCAUCAGAUGAGUUUCCGCGAGGUUCGCUGUCGCCUACCAAUCACCAUAAGGCGUCGUAAGCUCCGUGGCUUACCCCUUAGGUUCAAGAUUGGCACUUCAAACAACGGGGUUCUAACCAGCAACCGAAUGAAGCUCACGAUUUACGACUCAGCCUGUCAUAGGUGCCGCGGAGACGGCGUCUGUUUACCCAAGAAUGACAACUGCAUCAUUAAAGGAAUCUGUUACGCCAAGAACGAGGCAAAUCCGAGAAAUAGACGCCACAAGUGUGUACCUCUUGUCAGCAGAGUCACAUGGACCAAAGUUGGUGCCACGCACCGUGCACUCGGUAUACGCAGUGGUAAGAUUCCUAACAGAGCCAUCACAGCAUCAAGCACAUGGAGUCCUCAUCUUGCACCAUGGCUGGCACGUCUCCAAAAACGCUUCAAGCGACCUUAUGGCGGUUCGUGGUCUGCGCGAGUAAACAACAAGUACCAGUGGCUACAAGUGGACCUUGGUAAGGUGAAGAAGGUGAACCGGAUCGCUACCCAAGGCCGACGUGAUGCUAACCAGUGGGUCACUCGCUACUACCUUACGUACAGUCUGGAUGGGGUGUUCUUUGUGCCUUAUAAAUGCAAGAAGGUGUUCCGAGCAAACGUAGACAGGAAUGCAGUGGUCGAUCACAAUCUUAGACCAGGAAUCGUUGCGCGAGUGGUGCGUGUGCACCCUACCGCCUGGGCGUCGCAUAUUUCCAUGAGAAUCGAGCUCUACGGACAUAGAAUGGCUGGUGGUCGGGUUGGCCUCGGAGUUACAGACUACAGAAUCCCCAAUAGCGCCAUACAAGCUUCCUCGAGCUGGGACACUAAUCAUGGUCCACACAGGGGCAGACUCUUGCUCUGUCGCCAAGGCAAACGCAUCGGAGCGUGGUCUGCACGACAUAACAACCGUGCACAAUGGCUACAGGUUGACAUCGGUGUCCAGGCCAAGGUGACUGGCGUGGCGACCCAAGGAAGACAGGCUCUCAAGCAGUGGGUCACCUCUUACGUGCUUGCCUACAGUCGUAGCGGCAUCAGGUUUACGACCUACCGGGUACGGCGGCGUGUCAAGAUCUUCCGAGGAAACAAGGACAGGAACUCAGUCGUGAAACAUCCCCUUGUCCCUGCCAUUCGCGGCCGCUAUGUACGAUUCUAUCCCAAGUCUUGGUUCGCUCAUAUCUCCAUGAGGGUCGAGCUCUACGGACAAAGGACAGUACCUAAGCCAAAAGCCCGUGCAUUAGGAGUUCAAUCCCGACGGAUCCCCAACCGUGCUUUAACUGCGUCAUCCAAAUGGAACAAGUACCUUGCACCCUUCCUGGCCAGACUUCAUAACAAGAAGAAGGGCCGUAUGGCUGGGUGUUGGGCUGCCAGGCACAACAACAGGAAACAGUGGCUACAGGUGGAUCUAGGCAAGCCCAAGCAGGUCGUCAAGAUAGCGACUCAAGGCUGUGGCAGAGUCAGGCAAUACGUGACGCGCUACAAGAUCAGGAAGAGUGCGGAUGGAAUCUUCUGGACGUUCUACAAGAAACGUGGAAGACCAAAGGUUUUCAUUGGUAAUUACGACCAGUACUCGGUAAAGGAGAAUGCAUUUAGUCCCCGCAUCACGGCUAGAUACGUCCGCGUGUACCCUGUCUCUUGGGUGAAUCACAUCGCCAUGAGGAUUGAGCUUUAUGGAUAUCCUGCAGCAUCAAACGCUGUUCCGCUCGGCGUUGAAGACAAGAAAAUCAAAUGUAGUCAGCUGACCGCAUCUAGCCAAUGGGACCGACACCACCGCGCAUGCCUGGGCCGACUGAACACGGUCAGACGUGGACGUGACCGCGGAGGCUGGGCGGCCAAGAAGACUGACAAAAAGCAGUGGAUUCAAGUGUCACUCAAACGCGCGACACGAAUCACGGGAGUUCUGACUCAGGGUCGCUCAGACGUUAAUCAAUGGGUGACGCAAUACCGCGUUUACUAUAGCAUUAAUGGCAGGAAGUUUGUGCCGUACCGCUCAGGUGGAAGGGUGAAGAUCUUCCCGGCAAAUAACAACAGGAACAGCGAGGUGUUCCAUCGCCUAGUUCCUUCCAUCCGCGCUCGCUACGUACGCAUCAACCCGGUACGCUGGCACAGUCAUCCUUCUAUGAGAGUUGAGCUCUACGGCAAGAGAGUCGCCUAUCGCCGUCGCAUGCGACCACUAGGCAUCCAAAACCGGCGCCGAGUGCCGAACCGUCACCUGAGCGCGUCCAGUCGCUGGGAUCGCAAUCACGGCGCAAACCGCGGCCGUCUAAACGCGCGCCGUCAUGGAUCGCGCAUCGGUGCAUGGUCAGCGCGUACCAAUAACCGUUACCAGUGGAUCCAGGUGUACUUCCCACGACCCAAGACUGUGACGAACAUUGCCACUCAGGGACGACAAGACGCGAACCAAUGGGUGAAGAGCUACUACGUCACUUUCAGUGUCAACGGCGUACAGUUUGUUCCUUAUAAGGUCAAAGGGAAACGCAAGAUAUUCCGUGGAAACAAGAAUCGCAACAGCAUCACGUACAACACGUUCAACCCGCCGAUCAAGGCUCUGUUCGUCCGUAUCCAUCCUGUAAGCUGGCACGCUCACAUCUCACUAAGAUUCGAGCUCUACGGCUUCCCUGCAACGUUAUCCCGCCUUGCGCUUGGUGUUGAGGACAGACGCAUCCCUAACGGUUUCCUGACGGCUUCGUCAAUAUUUGACGCUAGACACAGCGCGAAUCGCGGUCGGCUUAACAUCGGCCGCACUCGGGCGGGUAUCGGUGCGUGGGCGGUCCGACACGCCAACCGCAAACAGUGGUUCCAAAUUGAUAUCGGUAGCCAGGCUCGAGUUGUUGCCGUGGCAACGCAGGGUCGGUCUGAUUGCUGCCCACAGUGGGUUAAGAGUUACAAGGUGAUGUACAGUAAAGAUGGCGUUCAAUGGAAGUGGUACAGGAGAGGACGGUCCGUCAAGGUAUUCCGUGGCAACAGGGACAAGAACACUAUUGUGAAGAACAAGUUUCGCCGCGCUUUGCUGUGCCGCUAUGUUCGUAUUCACCCGCACACUUGGCGAGGAACUAUCGCUUUGCGUGCUGAGCUUUAUGGUAUCCGACUAGGAAAACAAGUACGAGUUAAACCUGUAGGUAUAUCCAGUGGUGCCAUACCAAAUAAGGCAUUCCGCGCAUCCACCGUCUACAACCGCUUCCACGGCCCAUCGCAGGCUCGUCUUCACAACAAGAAGCGCGGUCGCAAUGUCGGCUGCUGGGUACCUCGCAAAAUGAACCGCCGUCAGUGGAUCGAGGUCGAUUUGCGACGUCCAUUCAAGGUAGUGAUGAUCGCCACCCAAGGACGACACAACGCCAAACAGUACGUGACGAGGUAUGUGGUGAGGUACAGCCAAGACAGACUCCGAUGGAUUUACUACCACAAGUUUUUCAACGGCAACAGAGACUCCAACACGAUCGUCGAAAAUGUAUUCAGUCCCGCGAUCCGAGGUCGCUAUGUACGAGUGUAUCCAAGACGAUGGGUCAACUCGAUUGCGCUCAGACUUGAACUCUACGGACAACCCAUCUCUCCUAGCAAAGUGCCUAUUGGUGUUGCUGAUGGCAAGAUCCCUAAUGGCUACAUCACGGCGUCUUCCAUGUGGGACAGGAACCACGCCCCUUGGAAUGCCCGACUCUACGCGGUGCGACGAGGUCAUCGAAUCGGAGGAUGGUCGUCCAAGAAAAAUGCUGUCGGACAGUGGAUCCAAUUCAACUUCGGUAGCGUGACUGUGUUGACGAAGGUUCUCACCCAAGGUCGACAGGACCUUGAUCAGUGGGUCACGAGAUACACUGUUUACUACUCUAACGACGGCAGACGCUUCAAGCCUUAUACACAAUUCGGCCGUACCAAGGUCUUCCUUGGAAACUCCGAUCGAGAUACAGUUGUGGGCCAUAACUUCUUGCCCUUCAUCAAAGCCCGUUUCAUCCGAAUCUACCCGAAGGCUUGGCAUCGUCACAUGUCCAUGAGGGUUGGAUUUUAUGGUCGCCGAACAGGCAUCAUAAAGCCAAGGCUUCGCGCGCUCGGAAUGCAAAAUGGAUAUAUCCGACACAGCCAAAUCAGGGCAUCCUCCGUGUGGGAUCGCUAUCAUGGAGCAAACCGCGCAAGACUACACAUCAAGAAGCAGGGCCGCUACAGAGGCGCAUGGUCCGCAAAACACAACAACAGAUAUCAGUUCUUGCAGGUUACUUUCCGCCGUCCAAAGAAGGUCAUCGCCAUAGCAACCCAAGGACGUCAGGAUGCGAGCCAAUGGGUGAAGUCCUACUAUAUAACGUACAGUUUUGAUGGAGUGCAUUACGUACAUUACGUCAGCAACGGCAAACUAAAGGUGCUUCGAGGAAAUCGUAAUCAGAACUCAGUCGUCCGCCAUCAUUUGCGACCAGCAAUCAAAGCGCGUUACAUCCGCGUGCAUCCAGUCAGCUGGAAGUCCCACAUCUCCAUGAGAAUUGAGCUCUACGGACGCAACGCUGCUUCAGGCAGUCUAGCACUCGGUGUUGAAGACGGCCGUAUCCCAAGCCGUGCAUUUAGUGCUUCAUCCGUAUGGGACAGGAACCACGGCGCGUCAAACGCUCGCCUUAACGCCGUCAAACGCGGUAGUAGGACGGGUGCGUGGUCCUCCAGAGUGCUAAGGCGUGGCCAGUGGUUGCAAGUGGACGUGGGUAGUGUCGCCCGUAUCACCGGUGUGGCGACCCAAGGCAGACAAGACCACAAUCAGUGGGUGACGAGAUACAGCUUGGCAUAUAGCAAGGACGGUAUCCGAUUCAAAUCCUACAGAGGACGCAAUGGCAAGACUUUGGUGUUCCGCGGUAAUAGCGACAGGAACACGAUCGUGUUUAACAGGAUCUCCAACCCGUCCCUUGUAGCGCGCUAUGUUCGGUUUGUAGCCGUGUCUUGGCGCUCGCAUAUCUCCAUGAGAGUCGAACUAUACGGAAAACGCACUGUUCGUCGUCCGCGCCCUACAUCGUGUGGUAUCGGCAACGGCCGCCUGCCCAACCGUAACAUCAAGGCUUCAAGCGAGUGGGACAGGUACCACGCCGCGUGGCUUGCCCGUCUGCACCGCCAGAAGAAGGGAAGAUACGUGGGGGCCUGGUCCGCCAAGAGAAACAACAAGGCUCAAUGGAUCCAGUUCGAUUUGAGGGGACCUAAGAGGAUUUACAAGGUCGUCACACAAGGCCGUAGUGACGCUAAGCAAUACGUGACUAGCUUUGUCGUGCGUUACAGCCAGGACGGACGGUACUGGUCGUACUACAAGAAGAAGAGUGUGACACAGUUGUUUAGAGGAAACCGCGACCAGAACACGAUCAAGGAGAAUCUGUUUGAUCCGCCUUUUACCGCGCGCUUCGUCCGCAUUUACCCGAAGAGCUGGUAUGCGCACAUCUCACUACGAGCAGAAUUCUACGCCGUUAGAGCACGUGGAAACCAACAGCCUCUGGGUGUUGAAGAUAGAAAAGUACCCAAUAAUGCCAUCACAGCGUCGUCAGAAUUUGACCCCGACCAUGGCGCCAAGUAUGGUAGACUGAACAACAGGCGUCGCGGUAGGGCUAGAGGUGGAUGGUCUGCCAAGAAGAACGCUCGCGGUCAAUGGAUCCAGGUCCGACUUCGUAGGCGAACCACAAUAACGGCCAUCCUUACACAGGGACGGCAAGACUAUGACCAAUGGGUUAAAACGUACACCAUCAAGUACAGCAGCAACGGGAAAAACUUCAAGCCUUACACCGUGCGCGGCCGAGUUCGUGUGUUCCUUGCCAAUAGCGAUAGGAAUACUGUCGUGGACAGAACGCUUCGGCCGCCGAUCCUCGCCAAGUAUGUGAGGGUCUACCCGAGAACAUGGCACGGACACAUCUCCAUGAGGAUUGAACUGAAGGGACGAAGACUCCGAAUUAUUAAGCCGCGUUUGCGUGCACUAGGAAUGCAGAAUCGUCGUAUCACUAAUGCGCAAAUCAAAGCGUCUUCUGUAUGGGACCGCUACCACGCUGCCAACCGCGCCAGACUACACAUCCGGCGACAAGGGCGCUACCGGGGCGCAUGGUCCGCUCGACACAACAACAGGAACCAAUACUUACAGAUUGACUUCCGUCGCCCCAAGAAGGUGGUUGCCAUCGCGACUCAAGGCCGACAGGACUUAAACCAGUGGGUUAAGGCUUACUACGUCACGUACAGUUUCGAUAACGUGCAUUACGCUACGGUAGUCUCAAAGACGGGAAGGAAACAGAUCUUCGGAGGAAACAAGAACCGCAACUCAGUUGUACGACGCUACUUCCGCCCUGCCGUCAAGGCGCGUUACAUCCGUGUUCACCCGGUUAGCUGGUACAGGCACAUCUCCAUGAGGGUCGAAUUCUAUGGAAGAAAUGCAGUGAGCAACAGACUACCUUUGGGUGUUGAAGACCGCCGCAUCCCGGCUCGUGCCCUCAGCGCGUCCUCAGAGUGGGACAGGUAUCACCGUGCCUCCCAAGCACGCCUGAACUCCGUCAGACGUGGGCGGUACAGAGGGGCGUGGUCAUCCAAGGUCAAUCGCCGCGGCCAGUGGCUGCAGGUGGAUAUCGGCACGCUGGCCCGUGUGACUGGAGUCGCCACGCAGGGAAGGCAGGAUUUGAACCAGUGGGUGAAGAACUAUCUGAUUAAGUACAGCAGGGACGGUCGACGCUUCAAGGUUUACAAACACCGCGGACGCAAUUUGUCCUUCCGCGGUAACCGUAACAGGAAUUCGAUUGUUUUCCAUCGUCUAAGAAGACCUGUAGCUGCUCGCUUCGUGCGAUUCUACCCGCUUUCCUACCAUGGACACAUGUCAAUGCGUGUUGAGCUCUACGGACGUAGAUACGUUCGUCGUCCAAGGCCUCAGCCAUCUGGAAUCUCUAACGGUCGCCUGCCUAACAAGUACAUCACAGCGUCCAGUGAAUGGGACAGGUUCCACGCCGCGUGGCUUGCUCGCCUUCACCGCAAGAAGAAGGGAAGAUACGUGGGCGCCUGGUCCUCUCGGAUAAAUAAUCGCCGACAGUGGAUCCAAGUAGACCUGAGAGGGUACAAAAAGAUCUACAAGAUCGUGACUCAAGGACGACACGACGCGAAUCAGUGGGUGACGAGUUUUAAGGUCAGGUACAGUCAGAACAAGCGCCACUGGACUUGGUUCAAGACAAAGAGCAGAACUGUGGUUUUCCGAGGCAAUCGGGACCGACACUCCUUGAAGGUCAACGCAUUCAACCCACCGUUCACCGCGCGCUACGUGCGAGUUUACCCCAGGACCUGGCAUCGCCACAUCUCCUUGCGACUCGAGCUUUACGUGGUCAGAGCAUCACGGAACUCCGUACCUUUAGGCAUUGAAGACCGUAAGAUCCCACGCCGCGCCAUCACAGCUUCAUCCUCCUUCGACCGCAACCACGGAACCGACCGCGCGCGACUGAACACCGUCAAGCAAGGGUCCAAGCGUGGAGCCUGGAGUGCUAAACGGAACAACCACAGACAAUGGCUUCAAGUAGACCUGGGUCGACGCACUGUUGUGACCAAGAUCUUGACCCAAGGAAGACAAGACUUGAGGCAAUGGGUCAAGACGUACUAUGUGCUGUACAGUAACGAUGGUAGACGAUUCCGCAAAUACCGCGUGCGUGGAAGACCAAGGAUCUUUAUCGGAAACAGUGACAGAAACACAGUCGUCAUUCGAAAGCUUAAGCCAGCAAUCAGCGCGAGAUUCGUGCGUAUCGUACCUCGAACCUGGUACAAACACAUCUCCAUGAGGAUUGAGCUCUAUGGGCGACGACCAUCUGUUCGACCUCCACGUCCUCCACCUCCAUCUCGCCUUCCCGCGCUGGGAAUGAGGAGCCGCCGCAUCCGCAACAACCAGAUCACGGCAUCAUCUGUAUGGGACCGCUACCACGCAGCCAACCGCGCCAGACUACACAUCCGGCGACAAGGCCGCUACAGAGGCGCAUGGUCCGCUCGACACAACAACAGGAACCAAUACUUACAGGUGAACUUCCGUCGAGCGAAGAAGGUCAUGGCAGUAGCGACGCAGGGACGCCAAGACCUGAAUCAGUGGGUGACAAGAUACUAUCUGUCUUACUCUCUUGAUGGACUGCACUACACCAAGUACUCACUACGAGGCCGAGUCAAGGUCUUCCGUGGCAACAACAACCGUAACACGGUUCGCCGUCAGUACCUCCGACCAGCGAUCAGAGCGGUCAGCGUGCGCUUCCACCCGGUCUUGUGGCGUUCGCAUAUCUCUAUGAGAGUCGAGUUGUACGGACGAUCCGCAAAUAUCCGAAAGCUUCCCCUUGGGGUACAGGACGGUCGUAUACCUGACCGCGCGUUCUCGGCAUCGUCCGUCUGGGAUCGAAAUCACGGCGCCUCUAACGCUAGACUCCACUCCGUCCGCCGAGGGCGACGCACUGGCGCUUGGUCCGCUAAACGUAACCGCCGCGGCGAAUGGCUUCAGGUGGACGUAGGAUCCACAGCUCGCAUCACAGGCAUCGCGACACAGGGAAGACAGGACUACAAUCAAUGGGUGACGAGGUACACUCUAAAAUACAGCAACGACGGAGUCAGGUUCAUUACUUACAUCCGCGGGCGACGUAUAGUGGUUUUCCGUGGUAACAACAACAGAAACACCGUGGUAUUCCACAACAUCCGAAAGAUGAAAGCUCGCUACGUGCGCAUCUACCCGCUUAACUGGUACAGGCACAUUUCCAUGAGGGUGGAGUUGUAUGGACAGAGAUCUGUCCGUCGCCCACGCCCGACAUCUUGUGGUAUCGGCAACGGCCGCCUACCCAACCGUAACAUCAAGGCUUCAAGCGAGUGGGACAGGUACCACGCCGCGUGGCUGGCCCGUCUGCACCGCCAGAAGAAGGGAAGAUACGUGGGGGCAUGGUCCGCGAAGAGAAACAGACGAGGCGAGUUUAUUCAGUACGACUUAAGGAGACACAAGAAGAUCUUCAAGGUGGUCACUCAGGGUCGCAGUGAUAUCAACCAAUGGGUGACUAGCUUCUAUGUGAUGUUCAGUCAGGACGGAAGACGAUGGGUGCCGUUUACUUCGCGUAGCGCCGUCAAGAUCUUCCGUGGUAACCGCGACCGCAACUCUUUGAAAGAAAAUCUGUUUGAUCCACCUUUCACGGCGCGGUACGUACGAAUCUACCCAUGGACUUGGCAUAAGCACAUCUCUCUCAGGGCUGAAUUCUUCGCUGUCAAUGCUGCCAUCACAAAGGUGCCUAUGGGUAUUGAAGAUGGUAGAAUACCAAACCGAGCAAUCACCGCGUCUUCUGAAUCCGACCGGGACCAUGGAGCAGCACGGGCACGCCUUAACACCCGAAAGGAGGGCAAGAAGCGAGGGGCGUGGUCAGCGAAGAAACUCGACCGCCGCCAAUGGCUCCAGGUGGACUUGGGAAAGCAAGCACUGAUCACCAAGGUCUUGACUCAAGGGCGACAGGAUCACAACCAGUGGGUGAAGACGUACAAGGUCUCGUAUGGCAACAGCCCGAGGAGAAUGCGGUUCUACCGUUUCAGAGGGAGGGUCAAGGUGUUCCUGGGUAAUAGUGAUAGAAACACCGUGGCGAUCAGGUCCCUUGGCCGAGGUGUGCGCGCACGCUAUGUACGCAUCCAUCCGCUGACCUGGCACGGACACAUCUCCAUGAGGAUUGAGCUGCUCGGCAGAAGACCAGUUGGACCUGUACGGCCUCCACGUCCUCCACCUCCAUCUCGACUUCCCGCUCUGGGAAUGAGGAGCCGCCGCAUCCGCAACAACCAGAUCACGGCAUCAUCUGUAUGGGACCGCUACCACGCAGCCAACCGCGCGAGACUACACAUCCGGCGACAAGGGCGCUACAGAGGCGCAUGGUCCGCUCGACACAACAACAGGAACCAAUACUUACAGGUUUCUUUCCGACGCCCCAAGGAGGUCAUUGCCAUCGCAACCCAAGGUCGUCAGGACAUUAGCCAAUGGGUGACGGGAUACUAUUUGUCGUACAGUCUGGAUGGUGUGCAUUUUGCUGUGUACGCCCAACGCGGCAGGACAAAGAUUUUCCGUGCCAACCGUAACAGAAACUCAGUUGUCCGACACCUCCUUCGUCCUGUGAUUUAUGCCGUUGCCGUGAGAGUUCAUCCCGUCAGUUGGCGAUCUCACAUCUCCAUGAGAAUGGAGCUUUACGGCCGAGCUGCUGAUCGCCGCAAGCUUCCACUUGGUGUCGAAGACAGCCGCAUCCCAGCCCGCGCUAUGUCCGCCUCUUCCAUUUUCAACAACAACCACCGCGCAGCUAACGCCCGCCUCAACAAGGUCCGCACCGGACGUCGGACAGGGGCGUGGUCCGCACGGUAUAACCGACGCGGUCAGUGGCUUCAGGUAGAUAUUGGCACUCAGUCACGUGUCACGGGCGUGGCUACGCAGGGCCGGCAAGAUUACAGCCAAUGGGUGACGAGAUAUAAACUGCUAUACAGCAAGGAUGGACUCAGGUUCACUACCUAUAGGAACCGCGGUCGCACUGUGGUAUUCCGAGGUAACAAGGACCGGAACACCGUGGUUUACCACUCGAUUCACCCUGUUCGUGCGCGUUAUGUUCGCUUUGUCGUCUUAUCUUGGCGCAGUCAUAUCUCCAUGCGAGUUGAAGUCUACGGACAACGAUACAUACCGCGUCGUCGACCAUCUUCUUGUGGAAUCUCCAACGGCCGGCUGCCCAAUAAAUACAUCACUGCGUCCAGCCAAUGGGAUAGGUACCAUGCCGCCUGGCUCGCUCGUCUGCAUCGCAAACGUCAAGGACGCUACAGGGGUGGAUGGUCCGCGCAUAAGAAUAAUCGCCGCCAGUGGCUCGGCUUCGACUUCCGCAGACCCAAGAGGAUCUUUAAGGUGGUCACGCAAGGUCGUAGCGAUAUUAACCAAUGGGUGACGAGCUUUAUUGUGAAGUACAGUCAGGAUAACAGACGAUGGGUGCCGUAUACACGCAACAGCAGAGUCAAGGUGUUCCGCGGAAACCGCGACCGUAGCUCUCUCAUGGAGAACCUGUUCGAUCCACCGUUUACCGCGCGUUACGUGCGAAUCUAUCCACAAUCCUGGCAUGGACACAUCUCGAUGAGAGUCGAGUUCUACGCUGUCAGAGCUGCUACCAACAAAGUACCAAUCGGAAUCGAGGACGGUAAGGUUCCCAACCGAGCUUUCAAGGCAUCAUCCUCUUGGGAUAAGUACCAUGGUCCUUCGCGCGCGCGACUCAAUGCGGUCCGCAAGGGAGCGUACAGAGGGGCGUGGUCGGCGAAAAAGAACAACAGGCGCCAAUGGAUCCAAGUUGAUCUGGGUCAGCGUACAGUGAUCACGAAGAUCUUGACUCAGGGAAGACAGGACUUGAACCAAUGGGUGAAGAGAUAUACCGUGUCCUAUAGCAGGGAUGGCCGCAGAUUCAGACAGUACAGGAUAAGAGGGCGUACUAGGAUUUUCCUUGGUAACAGCGACCGCAACACUGUUGUUGUUCGCGUCCUGAGGCCUGCCAUGGUCGCGCGGUUUAUCCGUAUCCAUCCCGUGGCCUGGUACAGACACAUCUCGCUCAGAUUCGGUCUCCGCGGACGGCGCAUUGUUGGGCCUAUCAAACCACCGCCCCGUCCACUUCCACCCAAGCCAAUACCACCAGUCACGCUGCGACACUGUCCUGUCACGCUUGACCUCGGCUUCCUGGUGGACGGAUCUAGUAGCGUUGGACGCAUCAACUUCCAUCUGAUUAAGACGUUCAUCAAGCAGAUCUCGAGUACCUUCACCAUCACGCGUCACCAGACCCACGUGGGCCUUGUCACGUACUCUAGCAGACCCCAAGUCAACAUGAGGUUUCGCCAGUACAACAGCCAAGCGGAAGUAACACGUGCCGUGGACGCCACUCGGUACCCAGGCCUCCGCGGAGAGAGACUUGACCUCGGUCUUGAUGCCACCUACCGCUACUUGUUCCAGCAUGAGCCCACGUACAUCCAGCGGGUGCUUGUUGUCGUCACUUCUGGUCGUCCAGACCGCCGAACUUUCCACCGGAUUCACCGGACCACUCGACUGCUUGAGAGGAAGGGUGUCAAGAUCUUUGUCGUUCGUCUUGGAAAAUAUCGACGUGGCUCACUUUUGAAGGUGACGUACCGAGACAGACACGUGUACUACAUGCGCUCAUUCCGUAGCCUUGUCGCUCGCGCUGGACAAAUCGCACAAGCCAUCUGCUCAGAACAGAAAAAGGAGAUUGACCUACACAAGCGCAUGCGGCUUGCCAGACCACCUGCACCCCAACAGCCAAUCAUAUCGCAGGACACGAACGAGGUUGAAAGCAAUAUCCUUGCUUAGAUGGACCAAGAUAGAUAUGAGCUUCGAUGGAAAGGAAACUGAGCAGAGAAAUACGGAACUAUACACUCGGCUCUUAUAGAGCUGUUAGAAUAGAGUCAUAUAAUCUCUAAUAUUUAGAGCGUCCAUUAAUAUUAGGACCUAGCGUGUAAAUUAGAGUAGCCUAGAGUAGAAUAAAUUAGUCACGGCAUUA